UUAACUUUUGUAAAAUUCUCUAAUUAACGAUUAACGUAAUGUUUGUAGAUACAUGUCGUCUAUAUGGGCGAGCUUCCUAAAAAUGGUGUAUCCGCCGCAUCGCUGCACCACACCAUGCUAGAAGAUGUCCUGGGAAGUAGCGCCGCUGCCAAAGAGUCGCUUGUUUAUAGCUAUGGAAGGAGUUUCAAUGGAUUUGCUGCUAGACUGUCACCCGAAGAAGUUAAGAGGUUCUCAGAGAUAGAUCAGGUGGUUUCAGUGCUUCCAGACACCUUAUUUAAGCUUCACACAACAAGAUCAUGGGAUUUCAUGGGCUUCACUCAAAAUCAAGCCUAUCAUUCGCCUAAUGAAAGCAAUGUCAUUAUCGGAGUGAUAGAUACAGGUGUUUGGCCAGAGUCGAAGAGCUUCAGCGACGAAGGACUUAGUCCUCCUCCAGCAAAAUGGAAAGGCAUAUGCCAAAAUGAAAAUAACUUCACCUGUAACAACAAGCUCAUAGGUGCCCGAUAUUAUAAUGCCUAUGACGCCUAUCUUCCUGAAGACUUCAAAUCUCCAAGGGAUGCAGAGGGGCAUGGUACCCACACUGCUUCGACCACUGCAGGCAGAGAAGUGACAGGGGCGAGCUUCUAUGGACUAGCCGAAGGCGUUGCAAGAGGAGCAGUUCCUAAUGCCAGAAUUGCCAUUUACAAAGUAUGUUGGCUCUCAGUAUGUGCAGCGUCGGACAUAUUGGCCGCUUUCGAUGAUGCUAUUGCAGAUGGUGUCGAUGUUUUGUCACUCUCCAUCGGCCCCAUAUUUGCACUCGACUACUUCUAUGAUCCUCUUUCUAUCGGAGCUUUCCAUGCAUUGAAGAAAGGGAUUCUCACCGUCAACUCUGCAGGAAAUUCCGGUUUUGCAGGGUCUGUCGUCAACGUUGCUCCUUGGUCUUUGAAUGUGGCCGCCAGCACCAUCGACAGGAAAUUCGUAUCCCAAAUAGUACUUGGAAAUGGAGAUAUAAUUAAAGGAAAUUCAAUCAAUGCAUUUACCCUCAACGGCAAGGAGUUCCCCUUGAUCUAUGCCGGAGAUGCUCCAAACAUAUCGGCAGGAUUUCAGAGCAUUUCUGCAAAAUACUGCUUGUAUGACUGGUUGGAUGCUAACAAGGUACAAGGAAAGAUUGUACUUUGUGAUUUCCAUUAUGACGGUUCAGGACCUUUCUUGGCCAAUGGUGUAGGCGCUAUAAUGGCUGGUGACGGCUACACUGAUCUCUCAUUGUCUUACAUAUUCCCAGCCACCCGCAUUGAUAGAGAAGACAGUGACAAGAUAAUGGAUUACAUUCAAUCUUCCAGUACUCCAACUGCAACCAUUCUCGCUGGGGAGACUUGGAAGGAUGUUGUGGCGCCUCGAGUUGCCACCUUCUCUUCCAGAGGGCCUAACGUAAUAACUCCCGACAUCCUCAAGCCAGAUCUUACCGCCCCUGGCGUCAAUAUCCUUGCUGCUUGGUCUGGAACUGCUGCACCUUCCUUCUCACGUCUAGAUAAGAGGCAAGUUGCUUACAACAUAAUCUCAGGUACAUCCAUGGCUUGCCCUCAUGCUAGCGGCGCAGCAGCCUAUGUCAAAUCCAUCCAUCCAACUUGGUCGCCAGCCGCGAUCAAAUCUGCCCUCAUGACUACUGCUAAUAUCACGGAUCCCAGAAAGAACGAAGAUGCAGAAUUCGCCUAUGGUGCAGGCCACAUCAACCCACUGGCGGCCGUUGAUCCUGGCCUUGUGUAUGAUGCAGCAGAGCAAGACUACAUCAACUUCCUAUGUAGUCAAGGCUACGACAGAAGCACAUUGGAACUGGUCACAGGAGAGGCAAGCAAUUGCACCACCAAUACAACUGGGGGAGCUUGGGAUCUUAACUACCCCUCCUUUUCACUCUCCAUCCGAGAUGGGCAACCCAUCAAUGGCUCCUUCUCUAGGACAGUAACCAAUGUGGGCCCUUCAAACUCAACCUACAAUGCCAUUGUCCAAGCACCCUUGUCCCUCGAGAUCACCAUCGAACCCUCCAUCCUUUCGUUCUCAGCCAUCGGUGAGAAGAAAUCUUUCACCGUGAAGGUUCAAGGCGAUGUCAUUUCUCAACAAUUGAUAAUUUCAGCUUCAAUCGUGUGGAGUGAUGGGGUCCACCGCGUGAGAAGCCCAAUUGCAGUGUACACCUACGUUCCGCCAGGCAAAUUUAGUUGGGAAUUUACGAGAAAACUUCCAGUCAAUGGGCUACUUGAUCUGGAUGGAUCCUCAGUGAAUGGAAUCCCCGGAGGGUAUUAG